AUGAUUUCCCCACGAGGGCAGCGGGGGCACGUCGUGGGCAAGAACGCGAAUGGCGUCAUUGUUGUGGAUGGCAAAGAGUACCCGAUGGCCGAGGAGCUCGUCGCCACCGAGGAUGCCAUCCAACGGCGCAUUAAGGCGGUCGCGAAGCAGCUCACUAACUUCUACAGGCCCUUGUCACACCGUGACACACACAACGGCAAAGGGAUGGCGCCCAUCAGCGAUGAGAACCCGCUCAUCAUCAUUUCUGUGCUGAAGGGCAGCUACAUCUUCACCGCCGAUAUGGUGCGUUAUCUCGGCGACUAUGGCCUGCCCCACGUGGUGGAUUUCCUGCGGGUGGCCUCGUACAGAGGCACAAACUCCACAGGCACGGUGCAGCUGCUUGCAGAGAUGAAGUUCAGGAAUCUGCGAGGCAAACACGUCCUCAUCCUGGAAGACGUCGCGGACAGCGGAAGGACGCUGAAGUACCUCAUUGAUAAGAUCCAGCAGGAACACCAUCCGGCCAGCUUGAAGGUCUGCGUGUUGGCCGACAAGCCUGGCGGCCGCAGCCUGCAAAUGCAGCCUGACUUCGUCUGUCUACUCGUGCCCAAAAAGUACGUGGUGGGCUACGGCUUUGAGGUGAAUGACCGCUACCGCUGCUUUAGGCACAUCUUCACACUCAAACCGGAGGAGGCAACGCGGUUCCCCGCGCGGCUGUAA